AUGCCCGGGAAUCGUAAAGUGACCUCUGCUCGUUCCCUGCAUCAGUCCAUUUCUCCUACCCCAAACGACAAUCAUUCCCUGAAAAUAUUCCCCUCUCCCGAGCUUGGCAUAGACGAGCUGAACAGCCAGAUCUGUGCCUUGCGGGCUGAACUACGCGACGGUCGCCUUCUCCAAGCAAGACAGCGUCAAGAACUCAACCAAAAAACCGCUCGCGUUGAUAACUUGACUCGGAGAUACAAGGAGCUUAGGCAGGAGCGCCAGGGGCUAAAGGCUAACCUUGGCUACGAAAGGGACAACGCCUCCGCGAUCCAAAAGCGGCUCAACGUAGCGGUGAAGAACCACGCAGAAGCACAGGAUAAAUGCGCGAGAACAAUGGUUGAGUGUGAACGUCUUCGUAUACUGAACGAGCAGUUGUCUCUGCUUAAUGGAAGAUUCAAUGCUUCGAAGACUGAACUAGAGGCAAAUUUCGAGGAGAAGAUUGCCGAAAUAGAGUGUGCAUUUCAGAACAAGGCAAAGGAGACGAAAUCUGCGUUUAUGCGCGAACUUGAAGAGACUCGAGAAAACUUGGCAAGUGAACGUAUUGAAGAGACCAAGGCUCUCAAAAAGGAGCUUGACAGCCGUGACGCGAGAAUAAAGAAACUUGAACACGAUCUUAUUCGCCAAUGUGAAAUUAACGCAAUGUUCACAGUCGACUAUGAACGCGACACGCACGUUCGAGUUACAAAUCGCUUGUCAAUUCUGGCAUCCGAGGCUGUUGGUUGUGCACAUUCUGGAGUAUCGCUCCACUCGACUGCGUCCUAUUCUUCAAGCUCCCGGCACCCUUUGACUCAAUUGGAGACCAACAAUGUGACUGUUAGGAAACGCCCCCGAGAGGCUAGUUGGCGUAGUGACAAGGGGAAUCAAUCUCACUCGGAGGGAGAUGACUCGAGUGCCAGUAAGGGCAUUGCUGCGCCAGAACGCAAUGGGCAAGGAAGAGCUCAGAAGCGUACUAAAAUGGGCUACCCAUCCGGUGCUCUAGUGGGUAGGGAACAGCCACUUCCUUGCUCCUAUUCCUCAUUUAGUUCCAAUUCAAACCCAAGCGGACAUCGUUAG